AUGAUGCAAUGUAAAAAUAAAAUCUUUUCUAAUUGUAGAAUUGGGAGAAGUUUCGAAUCAUCUAAACCCUUUUGGAAUCAGGGAUAUCACGAAUAUCACGAAAAUCUUCCCUUAAAACUUCUACUACCUUUUCCACCUGAAAUAAAUGCAAAAGAUCUUAUCGCUCAUCGUGAAUCUCCUGAUGGAACAAAGAAAUUAACAACAAGAGCACCCAACGCAUUUAUUAUUUUCAGAAAACAAUUUGUAAAGACAGCAAGAGAUGAAGGACAUUUUUUACCGAUGACAGUAAUCUCUUCCAUGGCAUCGACAGCGUGGGAAAAUGAGAGAGAGGAAGUAAGAGUAGAAUAUAAACGUAUCGCUAGAGAAGCACACAUUCAACGUAAAGCCUUUGAAAAUAAUAAUCAUUCUACAAGUCCAAAUGAGAAUAUAAAUCUAAAUUCAAAUCUUUACGAUAAUACUGAACAACAACAACAAUACUCAAGUCCUUUUCUUAUGAAAAAUCAUAUUCAACAAAAUAAUUUAUAUAAUGAUGAUAAUAAUUGGAGCGGAACUAUUUCCAAUUUCACAGCAUCUCCAUCAAAUUCUUUAUCAGAUUUUACAUCAAAUGCGUCAUCAUCUCCAUCAAUUGCCUCUCCAUCAAUUAUAUCAUUAGAUACGCCAACCGCCGCAUUGGCUAGGUCGGAUUUUACGGAUUUUACGGAUUUCACCAUUAUUAACAAUACGACACAAAAUAAUUAUGAAAUCAUGGAUUUUCCAUCAAUCAUUUAUAAUAACGAUACAAUUAUGCAACCUCUUGUGAUGAUGCAAUGA